UAUCAUUCGAAUAAAAUAAGCAACUCAUCAAGAAAAUAAAACAAAAAAAAAUAAAGUAAAACAAUAAGCAAUUUACCUGGUUCGUUUACGUUGUUGUUGUUGUUGUCAACCGGAAACAGGAAAUUGUCAUUAUUUUUUUCUUCUUAAUUUCAUGAUUUGUAUUUUACCGUCAUUUGACAUCAAUAAUCAGCUUGAAUUACUCUUGUUAUGUAUAUUUGUGUUUAUCCUGUGUAUAUUUGUGAAUGCGUGUCGUCGAUGUGAAUUGCACGGACGAACGCGCAUCAUUUGUUGGUUCAUGUUUCAUUACAACAACGAAAAACCAACAAUUUUUUUCUGCUAAAACAUCAUCCAAUCAUUCAACCAUUUUGAAUUAUUUACCAUCAAACAUUAUACAAAUAAUAUAAUGAUAUUCAUUCAUACAAAAUGAAUGAAGAAAAUAAAAUCCACACACACACACACCAUCAUUCGAAUGCCAACAGCAACUUGGGACCAUCAGUUUAAAUCCAAAUUGUAGUCUGUAAAACUACGUGUGUGUGUGUGGGUUUCAAACAACUUGCUUGGCAAGACGAUCAACGAACAAAAUAACGAAUUUCAUAUUGAAAAAAAAUAUACAAUUCAAUCGUCGUUGUUAUUGAUCACACACACACACACACAUUUCAUUUUCUCGCGCGUUUUCUUCAGUCGUUGGCCAACUUGUUGUUGUUUUUAUUUUCUGGUGUGUGUGUGUGUGUGUGUUGUUUGUGGAUUAUCUGGUUUUUAUAUUUGUGAAAUUUGAUCAAUUUUUUACAUUAUUUUUGCUAUUUGAAUUAUGAAACUUUCAUCACCAGCAACCACUAUUGGUUGUCGACAAAGUUUAAUUGUACCGACAUCUAAAAUGGCUAAAAUAAACGUCAUGGAUAUGAAUUCAUCAAUUCAAAAUGAUAAUGAAAAACGAUCAUCAUCAAAAAAAUCAUCAUCCGAAGUGAUUGAAGUAAAUUUCUGCUACACAGCAUUAAUUUCAAUGUGCCUCGGUUUUCUAUUCAUAUGGUCAUCGGUUAUUUCAUUGAUAUUCAUUGCAAAUAAAAUUGAUGAAACACGUUUCAUGCAAAAACCAUUGGAAAUUUUCAUUGAACAAGAACAAAUUGGCCGAAUUAUGUUUUCUGUUGGUCAAGAAAUGUUGUUCACCGUUGAUUCAUUAGUAUCGAUUCAUUUAAAUCUAUCUGAUCCACAAGAGCUAUCGAAAUCGGUUAAUUUUACCUGGGAUCUUACCGAUGAUGAUAUUGAAGAUGUUAAAGCACAAAUUGAUGAAAAUUCAAACAACAACAACAACAAUGAUGAUUUGGCAAAAAUGAUUGAUUCAUUUGAAACAAAAUUGGAUUCAAUUCGAUCAAAUCUAUCAUUAGCUACUGAUCAUCCAUUGACAAUGAUCAAUUCAUAUAAAUUAAUAUUCGAUAUUGCUGAACAAUAUUCUAUUGAAAGAAAAUUAUAUCAAACACCAAUGAAACAUGAUAGCCAAUGGCAUCUAAUUAAAUCAUUUUCACAGAUACAAAAUUCUCCAUAUGCUUUAUUCAUCAAAGGAAUGGAUCGUCGUUUUAUUGAAUUAGCCUAUGGCACCAUUUAUCAUAUUGGGCCACAAUUAUUGAAUCGAUCGGAUGCCGAAACUGAAGUUGCCAAUUAUUUUUACUAUUUUUAUAGUAGCCAUGAAUUAAUUGAAAAUGCAUUCGCAUGGGAUUCACGUAUUUAUCAUCGUUAUAUGGAAUUAAUACGUAGUAAACAAUAUCGUUCAUUACAAUCAUCGAUUACAAAUCAAUCAAAUUAUCGAUUAAGUGGCCGUGAAUAUACUAGAUUUGUUACCGAUGUUGUUGCUUAUUUAUUAAGAGCUAAAGAUGUAUUGAAUGUUGGAUUGAAAGAAAUAUUGAUCGAAAUUACUGAUCGUAAUACAACACAAUUCUAUGCCAUUAUAUCUUGUAUCUAUCUAUUUGUUCUUAUUUUAUGUUCAACAUUUUUCAUAUUAUUCAUACGUAAUGCUAAAAUCAAAGAUGAAUCUACAAUGAACAAUUGUUUGACCACAAUGAUCAAUAAUGAUAAUCAUCGAUUUCUAUGUAACAACAAUGAUGAUUCCGAAAUUAAUGAUUGUCUUGUUGAUAAUCAACAACAACAACAACAACAAUAUGGCCAAUGUCAUCAACAAUCAGAACAAUCAUCAUCAUCAUCACAAAUUAAUAGACAAAUUUCUUUGGAUCAAUUACAACAACAACAACAACAACCAUAUUAUGGAUAUAUCGAUACAAUUAGUGGACAAAUUGAUUAUCAUAAUCAUCAUCAUCAAUUAUUAUCGAAAAGAUUAUCAAAAUGA